AUGUCGCAGACACUCCAAUCGAUCCGUGAAGCAGCCAUUGACGGGCGCGCAAAGAAUAUUAUAUGGCGCCAAAUUCAGCUCGAGAAUCUUCAGCGGACGUUGAUCGACAAUGCAGAUACUAUUCAAGCAGCGAUUCAACAAGAUAGCGCAUAUACAAGUACCGAAACUGCCAUUGAGUACUGCCUUACCCUAAAAUGUCUGAAUGAGAACUAUAAGUCGCUGGAUAUCGAGCGAGCUCUGAAAGAUGAGUAUGCGAUUGCGCGAGGACAUGAUUCGGAAGCUUUUAGAGAUCCUGUGGGAGUCGUAUACAUUGUCCCGACGACACAUAACUUCUUUUAUUCGAUUGUGAGCGCCGUAGGUGCAGCAAUAACAGCCGGAAACUGUGUCGUUAUCGAGCUUCAAAUUACUACAGGGCCAAAGGCUAUCUCAGAGUUACUACAAACCUUUUUGAAAUCCUCACUCGAUCAUAGUGUCAUCGAAUUCGUCUCAAAACGUGCCAGCGACGAAGACCUCUCACCAAACCACAUCCGACUAUUCCAGGAGAAAUCGCAGAACGAACGUCAACCCGCAUCAUCAAAAAGUCUCUUUCCAUUAUUGUCAUCCACCCAGGCAGUAACCAUCGUCGACCGCACCGCUGAUCUAACCAGCGCAGCGGAAGCAAUCGCCACAGCCCGAUUUGCCUAUGGAGGUAACUCACCCUAUGCUCCAGACUUGGUGUUAGUGAAUGAGUUUGUCAAGAGCCAGUUCCUUCAUGUACUUAUACAAGCUACUAUGGAUCAAUUGUCGCUUCGGAUGCCAGGUGGUGCAAAGUCUUCUCCGUCACGGAAUAGUCAACAAACCGCGAGCCUGAUUGCUGCUGAGAUCGAGGGGAACCGAGCUAGUAGUAUCUCGAGUAUUGGAGAGGGAGGCUUAGUAGAUGUGAAUAGCAGAGAUUCACAAUUGUUACAGACCAAAAUCCGAGGAUACAAUAUCCUGCUACAUAGCGUGCGGUCAUUAGAUGAUGCUAUGGACCUGGCAAGUCAGAACGGAGAACUACUAGCUACGUACACAUUCGCAGACGCCGCGUCAGGAAAAUACGUAUCUCAAUUCGUCCCUUCGCGAGUGUCCUUUGUCAACCAGAUCCCAUUCGAACUCUUAAUUGGACCCUCAUCGCCCGAAACGUCACCCGUCACCCAAUCCCUCCACAUCCGCUACCCAACAGACCUUUUUUCUAUCCCACGACCCCAAUACAUCCUCAAAACGCCCCUAUCUCAACAAAUCCAGCAAUAUCUCCUCCUCGAGGGUAGUAGCAUCAGCAGCAAGAACAACAACGCAGCUAUCUGGCAGAAAACGCUAAUAUCCAAAAUCUCGAAACAAAUCUGCGCUACAAGACAGAAACGUCGUCCAGGCGGACAAGUGGGAUUCUUUGAGCAGGCUAUUUUGCUUGGCUUGGGUAUGACUGGUGUGCCGAUUUUGAUUUGUGUGGGCGCUCUGGCUUAUUAUGGGUUGGGGUUUGCGUUGAGGAAGUUUAUGCGCUGA